AUGCAGUCCCAAAGUCAACAGCAUGCUGCUUCGGCCGAUUCUGGUCAAGCUCCUCAGACCCAGCCUGGCCAAUUUGCUCAAGAUUCUCAUGCCCCUUUUGCUGCUGGGUACCAGCAGAACGGGUUUGCCAGCCAGCCGGAGGGUUAUCAUGACGGUUCUGCUCCUCUUCAAGCAGGUCUGAAAUUUCAGAACCAGCGUUCCGGCCCCAAGUACAGCACCCUCAAGGGUAACAUGCCGUUCACAAUGCCCCCAAACUUGGACCUGUCCGGGCCCAAUCGUGCACCCUACAAUGGCCAGUUUGUCCUCUUCCCCAGCGGGCCAAUGUUGAACGGCAUUCCUCCUAUUUCGUCUUUCAAUCCCACUCCUACCCUCGGACCAAACCAGCUUGGCCACCUUCCGUAUCUUCCAGCUAUGUAUCCAAGUGUCAGUCCCAACUUUCCUAUGGGGCCAGCAACAAUGCAGGGAUAUCCGUUUCCUUUCGUGGCAGACAACAAUCUGCAGAAUCUGGCUGGCCAGAAGCGGAAUGGUUGGAUCGCUAGCGAGAAUCAGAAGGUAACUGCCCAAUCCACCUCUGAAACUCCUGGCAACCAGUGUGAGUUCUAUCCUGGACCGGCUGUCUCCACCAUGGAUGGUUCCUCUAUUCCACUUCUGAACUACAACGGCCUUGCGCAACCAUGUCUCCCUUACCAGGUGAUGAAGACGCCCAAUGGCUACAUGCUCCAGGACCUGGAGGGUAUCACUCAACAGGAACCUCCGAUCCCGAGGGCCGUUCCCGCCAUGUGGACUAACCCUUCGGAAGUGACGCUCGCAAAAUGCCUCGAGAACCGCGAAGGUAUUACCAACGUCUACAUCAGAGGAUUCUUGCCACAGACCACGGACGAGAUGCUGCAUUCUUAUGCUGCCCGGUUUGGGAAGAUUGAUCGUUGCAAGGCGAUUGUGGAUCUGGACACGGGGCUUUGCAAAGGAUUCGGUUUUGUCCAGUUUUACAAUUUCGAGUCAUGCGAGAACUGCAUCCGGGGCUUUUUUUAUCUUGGAUAUCAAGCAAGUUUUGCACAAAAAUCUCGCAAUUCGCGCCUGAAGGAUCUUGAGGACAAGACCUCCACCAACAUCUAUUGCACUAACAUUCCGAUCACUUGGACUGAGGCUGACCUUCGACAUCAUUUCGAGCCGUACCGUGUUGUCUCCGAAAAGAUCAGCCGUGACGAGAAAACUGGCGUUAGCAAGGAGGUAGGCUUCGCUCGUUUCGAGACACGUGAAAUCGCCGAGAAAGUGUUGGGUGAAUUCCACAACAUCGCCAAAAAUGGGGUGAAAUUGCUGCUCCGGUUCGCAGACACGAAGGCACAAAAGAUGUUGAAACAGCAAAGCAACGAGCGCCGUGCAUACCGUGCUGGAGAGUACAACUACUCCGUUGAAGUGGUGCAGGGCUCUACUCCAUCGCCUUCUCUGCACCGUCUCCAGCAGACCGCCAAUCAUCUCAGCCCUAACUCCCAGGUCAGCUAUCCAUCGCCGGUCGGAGUAGGUUCCACUUGGACUCCUGCGACGUCCAUCUCCCCGUCGUACCAGUUCAUGAAAAAUCCGGCUAGCAACAUGCCUUUCAGCUCAUGGUCAACCAGGAACAGUCCAGCAACUUGGGAGACCACCCCGUUAUAUCAUGGACGACUCUAUGACCGUCAUGCCAUUCCAAACAAUGCUUCUGCCAGCUCCUCCAAGACAGUUAUGCCCAGCACUCCGUGCGUCAAGGCUCGGUCUCAAGGCUCCAGUCCCCAGAAGGAGAACAUGGACGUUGAUUCUCUGUCUCCCAUCUCCCCCUGCAAGGAUGCCCUCAUGACUUCUCCAAGGUCUGUUCUCUGA